CGGAGUUACGGGGUCACAUGUUCAGUUCGUUUACUCCUUUACAAAAUGGCCGACUUCAGAACUUGUUCUAUCGAGUAUUUUCCCGACAAUCUUUUAAUAGAAAUUUUGUCAUAUAUGAGUGUCCGAGAGCUCGUUCGGGCCGGCAGGGUAUGCAAGAGAUGGAGAAACUUGGUCAGGGAGCAGAGGCUGUGGCAGUCUGUGGACCUCAGCAAAACCAAAGGGAUGACAUCACGAGUUCUCUGGUUCCUGCUGAGGCAGUACCUGGGGCGUGGUCUGCGCUGCUUACGACUCCGGGGCCUGCUGCUUUCUGCCCGCGGUGGAGCCUUCCUGUCAGAGUCCUGGCUGCAGGGCCUAUCUUCGCGCUGCCCACAGCUGCGCAUUCUUUCCCUCCUGCAUGCUGACCUGCGUGGGCUGCACAGCUGCCUCCUCCUACCCUUGACGCUGCAGGUCCUGGAGCUGCGUGGCUGCGAACUGCCUCCAGGGUUCUUCUCUCAGAGCUCCUCUUCAACUGGCGGCACGAAGAGAGGCAACAGGGUGGGAAGGGUGUCAUUGGCCACCACGCUCGCUGGGAGCCAGACAGGAAAUGGGCCGGCCAACACCUUCCAUAAGGGAAUAGCUAUUGAAACCUUGGUGCUGGAUAAUGUGCCUUCCUUCACAGACCUGCAUCUGCAGAGCCUGAGUUCUUGGGAGAGGUUGAACCGCCUGGAGAUGCGGGACGUUAUCCGGAUUACUGCAGCCGGACUGCGGAACUGUGCCAUCCGUGACGGAGGUAGAGAAGCAUCGGGUGGCCUCUCCAAACUCACAGCACUGGAACUGGGGAAUUCGGGCAGACCUGGCUCCCAAACCCAGAUGGCCUCACUGGGUCUCGGUGAGGGCUGGGCCGGGCUGCAGGAGCUGACCCUUGGGGGUCGAGAAGUGGGGCCAGGACUGCUGUGCGUCAGCCGGCUGCAUGAUCUGCGGCAUCUGCGGCUGCGCAGUUGCAGGCUCAGUCAGGUGCAGGUGCUGCGCAGCUGCAGGGGACUGCACAGCUUGCGUGGCAUGGAGUUCUGUGAGGUGGUCUUCCCGGGGCAUCAGCAAAAUUGUGACGGUGAGGAAGAGGAACACGGGAAUGAUGAAGGCAGUGACGAAGAGGGUGACCCAGUGCCAACUCUCCGGCGUGCUUUGGCCAGCCUGCUGCCUCAGUGUACCCUUCAGUUUACACGCUGCUCUGUCACCUUAUCUGCUGAUUAAUAACAUGUGCAUCAUACCUUGUAAGGCGGUCCCUGGUGUAAUUAGGGGUUAAGGGUCUUGCUCAAGGGCCCCCCAGCGAAAAUACUUUGCCUACCUUGGGAUUUGAAAUGGCAAACUUCUGAUUACUGACACAGCAUCCUAACCUACUGAGCCACACCACCAUUUUUUUUUUUUUAACUGCUUAAGCUGUACAGGGAAGCCUUGUGAACACAGGACCCCAGGCAUCUUAUCAUCAUCUCCUCAUGUUUGUUCUGGUUUCUAUGAGAUAAUUCCCCAAAAACAAGCACAUGCAUUGGUGUCUACAACCGCCCAUAGCGUACGCGCGUGAUCCCUGCUCUGGGCACAGCAAACCCGAUGCCACAUUAGCGAUAUGGGAGAUUCUCCCAGCGUGCUGAUUCUUGACAUCCGUGAUCAAGUUGGCCACAGAAAAUGAAGCUAGCUUUAAGCUAUACUGCAAUUUACUGCAGUAGUUAUUCAGUGAAAAUUUGUAGAAUUACACAGUUGUGCAAAGACUUCUCUCGCUUAAUGGUAACGGGCCAGUCCCUCGGCCAGCGCGUGCUGUGAGAGGGGCGGCACAUUGAUGUUCUCCCCAGACACUGUGCAUACUCCAGCCUGCCAGCCCAUAGCUCUUUAGGGGUCUCCCAGGGCAGACCUCUGAGAUGGAUCCAUAUGUCAUAUCGUGUAUAAUGUCGUGAGGGAUACUGUUGUACAUUUUAGGACAUUAUAGAGGUUAUUUUCAGUUCAAUUUCUAGUUUCUAUUUUCAAGUGUUGUCUCCUGUUUAAAGUGGGUUUAAAGUUUUUUUUUUUUAUAAAUUUAUAUUCAAAAACAAGCUAUUUUGCUGUGAUUGGAAUUAGAGGUGGGCGAUAAAUCGAUUUUAUCGAUUAAUUCGAAUUUACAGUUCAGGACGAUGUGUUUUUAUGAAAAUCGAUUUUAUUAUUUUACACGCGAGCGUCAAAAGCGGAACUAAUGCGACUCACCGUUCUUCACGGGUACAUUAGCGUGCUGCACCCAAACACUGUCUCAGCAAACAUGCCCCUUUGGGGCCCGUGUGGGGCCACUGCGGGCAGCCUGCUGUGGGCCCCAUUACCGGUGUGAAAUGCGGGGCACGUUGUGGGCCCCACACUAAGCAGAGUGGGCCCAUUGGGGCCCAUUGUGGGCCCACAGUAUGCCCACACUUUGGGCUGGCCUACACAUACAUGCCCUGCAUUUUUUGGCCUGCUAGAUGCUCCCCUGUGGGUAUACUGUGGGCAUACUGUGGGGUGUACUGCGGGCACAUUGGGCACACUGUGGGGUGUACUGCGGCCACAUUGGGCACACUGUGGGGUGUACUGCGGGCACAGUGGGCACAUUGUGGGGUGUACUGUGGGCACAUUGGACAUACUGUGGGCCUACUGUGGAGACAUUGGGAGGGAGGAAAGCUGUAAAGCCACAGUGCUCCAGUGUCCCCGUGGGCAUGCUCUGUGGGUCUUUAACAAAUAACAAAAUUAGUCUGGUCCUAUACUGCCAGUAUACCACAAUAUUAUUAUUAAUGUGUAUGCAGAAUAUUUGCACUUAUUGAUAGUAGCAGUAAUAAACUACAAGUAAUAUGUUUCCAAUACAUCUGUUCACAGACAGGUUAAAAGAAAAAAUGAAGAAAACAUAUUGAAAAUUGAAUACAAAACUGAAUAUGUGGAUUGAGUACUAAAUAUUUUUUUUAUUAAACAUAACAAUGAGCACAUAAUAUUACAUACACAAUCAAUAUUAAAUAAAUCCCCUCAGUGUCCUUCUGCUCCUUCCCCCAUCCCGAUCUCUAGCAUUCCGCAGCCAUGUUUUAACUGAAGAUUCCGCCUCUGAGGCUGUGACCCAGCUGCUUUUUGUCACAGCAUCUAAUUGAGAAAAAAAGAACACCUGAAAUGCUAAUGUAAAAAAACAAGAGGUUGUCCAAGUGCAAAGUAUAUACUUGUGUUUUCCCUAUUAUCAGGUAGUUUCCCAGGGCUUUGUUGGUUCCAUAGUUCUUGGAACUUUUUGGACAAAAAGGGCUUUACAGUAAGUUAAAAUGUCAGUUGUGAAAGGUCUAGUCUAGUUGAGUCACAGGUGGAGCCUUUAAACUACCUUUGGAACAGAACUCACGAUCAAGUUAGAAGUUAAAUUAAGUAAACUUGCCAGGCUGAUCUGUCUUUAUGAAUUGCCAUAAUCACAAAAUAUUCUGUAAUUUGGUCUUUACAAUUAUUUUACAAGAUCUGAUUUUGUUCCUCUUCUUAGGGUCUAAUUGCAUAUGAACAUUACAUACUGUACCUAUGACUGCUCUGCAGACCAGCAUCUCCCCUGCUUUUGUAGUAGUGUUGCGUGUGUUCUCCAAGACAAUCAUAAUCAUUUUCAUCCUUGUUGUUUAAAUCACUUCUAGGCAGUGUUGUGAGAAAUUUAUGAACUCCUUUUUUGCGUUAUUAUUAUUAUUUUUUUUACAACAAAUUCACAUCGCUAGGACAGCACGCUAUAUGCAUGCUGUCCCGGUAUAUUGAACAAAAUAUUUUUUUAAUUUCUUGUCAUGGCUCCCCUGAUCUUUUUGUUGUAUCUGCUCAUCCGACCAGAUCACAAUUAUUUUUUACUUAGUUUAUUGUUUUCUGGGUUCGUAACUUUUUCUGAAUAUUAACUGUAACAAGCUUAUGAAAACUGGCUAAACAGAGUGAAAUUAGCACCGCUCUGAGCUCUAACAUACAUAAUUGAUAUUCACCUUGUCAGAGACUGCAGGAUGCUGUGUCUUCAGGUGCCUUUUCAAAUUGGUGUUUUUUCCAGCAAUCUGGAAUCCACACGGCGCUCCAUCCUCAUCGGGAACGAUACAACUGUGCGCUAGUUUCAAGUUCCGAGCUCAGAGGAGACCAAGGCUAAGACGCACGCGCACUUGAUUAACUAUGGCUGAGGCAUCUAGCAGCGAAACUUAUUUUCCUCCAAAGAAGCGCCUGAAGUCGGCAGUUUGGGAUCAUUUUGGAUACAAAAAGAAUGACCAGGGCGUCAUUGAAGAUGACGGAUCACCAUCUUGCAAAACGUGCCGUAAAAAGGUUGCUGCUAGAAGAUCCAACACAUCUAAUUUGAUGCAGCACCUGCGGGAUCACCAUCCAGCUUUGCACGCUCAAGUAAAGGUAAUGCAUAACUGAAUUAAAUACACAUAUGUGAAUUAAAUACGUUGGUAGGGAAUCCUGGACCACAGACACGGUUUAACCUGGCUCACAGCCGAACACGGGCCAAGGUGGAGAUGACCAUAGGGAUCCUCAAGUCUAGGUUUCAGUGUCUGCGUGGGCUCCGGGUCAGUCCAGAGAGAGCAUGCGACAUCAUAGUGGCUUGUGUUGUGCUUCACAACAUUGCCACUAUAAGAGGAGAGAGCCACCCUCCUGGUAUUGAAGAAGAUGGCCCAGAGGAACCCCUACAGAUUUUUGCACACAGAGAUGGAAGACUUUUGAGAGACAGGAUUUGUGAAAAUUACUUUUAUUAAAUUGUUUGCACUGGU